GCCCGCGCGUGGGGUUGUGUAUUUUGCUCGAGCCCUCGCCGCCCCCACAACAAUGCUCGCCCGCGUCCGCUGCCUCGCGACGGGAGCCGCGAUCGGUGUCGGCGCCAGCGCCGCCUCCUCCUACCUCGCCGACAACCCGCUCGUGAUGACGCAGCUCAAGCGAAAACUGAGCGAGGCUGGCGGCGGCAGCGGCUCAGAGAAAGAGGAGAAGCCGCCGCUGGUGUGCGUCGUGAAGAUGUCCGGGCAGAUCGCGGCGCCGGCGCCGGGCGGGCUCGGGGCGCGGCAGACCAUCAGCCUUUCAGCGUUCGAGCCAGUUCUGGAGCAGGCCUUCAAGGUGGAGCCGCGGUGCGUUGUCCUGGAGCUCAACUCGCCCGGCGGCUCUCCUGCGCAGUCCUCGCUGCUGCACUCGCGGCUGCAGCAGCUGCGCAAGAAGCACCCUGACGUCGAGCUGCUCUGCUACACAACCGAUGUUUGUGCGUCGGGCGGGUACUACAUCGCCUCCGCGUGCGACGAGAUCUUUGUCCUCCCCUCGAGCAUCGUCGGCUCGAUCGGCGUCGUCUCGCCGUCGGUCGGGCUGGUCGAGCUGCUCCGCAAGUGGGGCGUGGAGGACCGCACGCUCACCGCAGGCACCUCCAAGGCGGGGGACAGCCCUCUCCGCGCACGAGACCCGGUCGAGGUCCGGAAGAAGGAGAUGCUGCUCGAGGAGCUGCACGCCGACUUCAAGGCCAAGGUCGAGGCCGCGCGUGGCUCGCGGCUGAAGCACUACGAGGCGGCAACCUACCACCGAGCCGCGGGUGACUACAAGUCUCGCGCCGAUCGCCGCACGGCGCUCUUCGACGGCUCUGUGUACGGGGGCGCGCGCGCCGUCGAGUUCGGCCUCGCCGACGGCGUGUACGACGACAUGCGCGACCAUCUCAAGGCGCGUUUCGGCGAGACGGUCUGCUUCGCCGAGGUCAAGGGGAGGCAGGGCUUGCUCGAGAAGCUCGGCGCGAUGCAGGCCGCCGCCGCGGCGCAGCACGCCACGUCGCUCGUCACCGCGGCGACGGCGGCGUCGGCGGAGCUCGCGGCGGCGCCGCGCGUGCAGUAGAAUCCGCACCGUGGUCCAGCAUAAGGCGUGUGCUUGCGGUGCUGCACCGCGCUCAAAUGCUCUGCGAGCGAGGUGAUGUCCUCUCCUACCUUCCUCCUCCACUCGCUAGACUGUGUACCCUCCUCCCCACGCGCACGGCCAAUCUCGGAAUCUGCCCGCACUCCCUCUCCGCACUCCGCUCUCGCCAGAGCUGGAUCUGGUUCAUUUUUGCAUGUAUUAUUUGGAUGCUCUCAACAC